GGCCCCGGCGCCAUUUUGGUGGCCCGGCGCGGUGGUGAUUCCACACUGAAGAGAGCGCGGCGGCCGGGGUGGCAGUGGCAGCGUUCGUGGGCUCGGGUGUGAAUCGCCGAGGGAGGAGGCGGUGGAGGAAGAGGUGGCGGCGGUGGCGGUGGUCGUAGCGGUGGCGGAGGAGGCGGGUACGAGUCAGCUGCGGGCGGAGACAUGGCCAACAUCGCGGUGCAGCGAAUCAAGCGGGAGUUCAAGGAGGUGCUGAAGAGCGAGGAGACGAGCAAAAAUCAAAUUAAAGUAGAUCUUGUAGAUGAGAAUUUUACAGAAUUAAGAGGAGAAAUAGCAGGACCUCCAGACACACCAUAUGAAGGAGGAAGAUAUCAACUAGAGAUAAAAAUACCAGAAACAUAUCCAUUUAAUCCCCCUAAGGUCCGGUUUAUCACUAAAAUAUGGCAUCCUAAUAUUAGUUCUGUGACAGGGGCUAUUUGUUUGGAUAUCCUGAAAGAUCAAUGGGCAGCAGCAAUGACUCUCCGCACGGUAUUAUUGUCAUUGCAAGCACUAUUGGCAGCUGCAGAACCAGAUGAUCCACAGGAUGCAGUAGUAGCAAAUCAGUACAAGCAAAAUCCUGAAAUGUUCAAACAGACAGCUCGACUCUGGGCACAUGUGUAUGCUGGAGCACCAGUUUCUAGUCCAGAAUACACCAAAAAAAUAGAAAACCUAUGUGCUAUGGGCUUUGAUAGGAAUGCUGUAAUAGUGGCCUUGUCUUCAAAAUCAUGGGAUGUAGAGACUGCAACAGAAUUGCUUCUGAGUAACUGAGGCAUAAUGAGAGAGCUGCUGAUAUAGUCAAGCUUGCCCCUUCUUGAGGAGCCUCAACAUCUGUUAUUUUUAGGAUUCUGCAUAGAUUUCUUUUAAACUGGCAUUCUUGCCUAAUGAUGUUAUCUAGGCACCAUUGGAGACUGAAAAAAAACAUCCCUGCUCUGUAAAUAAAGCUAAUUAAACGUCUGUGUAAAUUUAAAAAGGGGAAAUACUUUAAUUUUUUUUCUUAAUAGUGUAAAAAUUCUUUGAGCUAAGCGAAACCAUGGAAAAAACAUGCUACUUUAGUAUUUAGCAAUGUACCAGAAUAGCAAGAGUUUGCUUCAGGGUUUUGUUGAAUAAUUAAGGUAAUAUUUUGAGUGUGUCAGGACCAUUCAAAUUGUUGGUGUUGCAUCACAGCUACCUUAACUGUUUUUAACAUGGAUCCUCUGUGCCUGUGAAUUUACUUGCAUGCUUGUACUUGACUUCUUAAGAUGGGUAGCUGAAAAGACCACCAUUUUAAGCAUUUGAGAAUUCUUAAACUUGAGAUUUAUCUAGAAUGAAGAUGGUGACCUCUUCAGAGCCUUUUUUGUCCUGGUCAGCAGACUGGGCCACUAUAUUUAUUUUUCCUCUCUUACCACACACAGCUAAUACCCUAAUAGUAAGUUCUCUGGGAAAUGUGCUGAAGGACAGUAUCCCUUGCUUCAUUUUUUUUAGGUUGUCCAUAUGGAAUGUUAUGUCACAGUUCUUUACUCUUAAAAACGUUCCUAUGUUAAGUAAUAAUGUAAAGAUGGAGCUGCCAAUUUUGUUUCUCUUGCAAAAUCAGUAAAUACUUGAUGUUGCAGUAUUCCCAAGAUUUAAUAAUAAAAGAACCCAACUUAGUUUUUCAAGUGAAUUUGACAUCUAUUUUUAAGCUAAUGAAGUUUUUCUUUGAGAACUCGAAAAGAUGAAAUAAACCAACUGCAGUUUUUUAGCCUAAUUUUGGCUUUAUAGAGAUUGCUUUAUCAGAUACUUUAAAAGUCACUCUUGCUUGCAUUUCCCCCUAUUUACCCAUGAAAGCUGUGUUGGUGUUUAAUUGUACAUACUUCAGAUGCACAUAGGAAUAGAAAUGUGUUAUAAAUCUAGCUUUCUUUAUGAUGUUUCUGAUAAUACGAAAAUUGAAAACUUUACCUUCUCUUGUACAUAUAGUCAGACUUUCUGUGUAUUAAACUUACAUUUCAUUCUAAAUUCUAAAGUUUGAAAAUUUUUAGUUUUGCAAGUUCAAACACUAAUGUGACCAUUUUAUGAAGGUUGAAAUGGAUUUAUGCAGGCAGUUCUAUGCAUAGAAACACAGUUCUUACUAAAUUUUCAGGACAGUGCAAAUAAUAAAAAUGUAAUGGAAUUGGAAUUAAUUAAAGCAAGGCUGUAUAUUGAAAGUCCUAUUAUAAAAGGUUUGCUUUCUUCAAGUGUUAUUUAUCCUAAAUUAUAAUUGUUAAGUGUUUGAAAAAUAAUUUUAAACCAUAAAUUCAGCAUAAUUUCAUUGACGUCUCAAUAAUCUUAGAAGCAAUAAAAGAACCAUUGUUAAAUAUAUUGUAACGUUAAAGAUGUGAAGGUUCUUCCAAAAACUUGUAAGGUUUUCCUAAUCAAUAGUAAACUCUAGUAGUAGAUAUUAUUGCAUACUAAACACAAGUUGCUAUGUUUUUUUUCCUUAUAUGUUUGCUUAAGCAUAAAUUUCUUUAUACAAUCACCUCCUUUAAUUGUUGUAGUUUAGUUUCUUUCUAAAGAUGCCAAAGGAAACAAGAUUUUUCUUUAUUUAUUUUAAAUAACUAAUACCUUGUACUUUUCUUUAUAUUUUGAAGUAAGGUUGGAAUUAUGUGAAAAUGUGGACAGUUUUGUUGCAUUGUUGGUUAGAAUUUUUUUUAAGUGUAGGGCAGCUUGGUAAUAUAUUUGGAUUAUUUUAAAUAUCAAACAUCUACCCAGUUUACUAUUUGCCUAUAUUUUCAGGGUAUAUUUAAUUGUCCUGUGGUUAGACAAAGGAGAGAGCUCAGAGGUUACUAAAUGUCAAGCAUUACUUAGCUCUGGGAGGCAGCUAUACCUUGCCUUUGGUUUUUAUGCACAUUAGCCCAUAGGGUAUCUAUUCAUCUAACUAUAAUUCAACAUCCCAGUGCCCAGGAAAUUGAAAAGUAAAAUAUUUGGUUUGAGAGGUUUUCCAUAAUGGAUUUUUUCAUUUCAAAAUUUAUUUACCUCAUUUUCAUUUAAUGUGAUAAUUCUCCUUUCUGGAACACUGUCAUCCUAUUUUGUUUUUUCAUAUUUCUCUAAGUGGAUUUAUUUUCCUAAACAAAGAAAUUAAAAGCAAUUUCUUUUU